AUGGUUAAUGGGAGGAAAAAGAAGAAGAAAGAAGAGUCAAACGCUACUGGGUUUUGUCUUUCUUCAUCGUCUACCCUGGGAUUUACUGCUUCAGGCACAACAUCUUCCAGCUUGCCUGUUGAUGUUCAACUACAAGAGUUAAACAAUAGAUUUAAUGAGAAGUCGAUAGAGUUAUUAACUCUUGGUUGUGAUUUGGAGCCAAGAGAUGGUGACAAAUUUUUCAAGGUUGAAGAUGUUUACAAUCUUGUGAAUAAAUUUUAUCCGGAGGAUUUCAGUGAAGUUGAAAAGAAUGAUUUACGAACGAUAUUGCGUCAUUAUGAGGUGGAGUUAUCUUGGAAUUUAGGUCUAAGAAAAUUGUUGACAAUCUCUGACCUAAGUCAGUGGUUGGUGGAUACUAAGAAAGUGAACACUUAUCCAUAUAUAUUCCAAACGCAUGGAGAAGAUGAAUGCUACUUAAAUGCUAUAGAUAGUUGUGUCAUCCACUUGUGGCAUGAUGUGAAAACGCACUUCGAUUUCGUUCGCUGCACGGAGGAACAAAGGUUAAAUGUAUCUGUUAACAGCAAAGAAGCAAAGUGGAGAAAUUGCAGUGAUCAGCUGGGAUUGAGAGCAGAUAUGAUAAACAAGUGCUACUCUACUGGACUUGGAAUCAAGGUUGGUUCUUCUGCUACGAUACGUAACGAGACUGUGAAUCUCAAUCCACCUCAUGAAUAUGUUCCAUGGGUGGUGGUGAAUAAUCAUGCACUCAAAGAUGACUUUGAGAAUUUUGUGGAAUAUGUCUGUGAUGCUUAUCAAGGAGAUCCUAAACCAGAGGCUUGCAAAACACAAUCAUCGGAGUCGGCUCGACCCCCCGAUGAGAUCACAAAAAAUAUCCGUCCAGGCUGCUAUGCUAGUGAAUUUUCACGAACUUGAAAUAGAUCUUAAAAGAGGCCUUAGCUUCUGCUUUGUCCAAUGCAGCUACUUCACCAUUCACCAUCCACAAACUGUAAUAAAACCAGCUGCUAGUUAUCAUUAUAUGAGACUU